GGGUCUUCCCCAGUUCCAGAUCCUCAGAGCAGCCACCGGGGGGUGGGAGGCAGCCACAGGCGUCCUGUCUCAGGAGACAGCACACGUUGGUAACAGGAGUCUUCCUUGCUAAGGUCUCACUAUGAAGAGGUACUUAGUUGUCAUUCUUGCGGCAGCUAUUUUCUCCAUCACCAGCUCUCAAGAUGCUAAAGAGGAGGUCCCCACCACUGAAGUAGAAGAAGAAGAUCCAUUCUACAAGAGUCCACUAAACAAGCUUGCGUCCUCUGCAUCCAACUUUGGCUAUGACCUUUACCGCACGCAAGCAAGCCAGAAUCCAAACAGCAAUAUCUUUUUGUCACCCCUGACCAUCGCCACUGCGCUCUCCAGUCUUUCCUUGGGUAGCGGACAGAGGACUGAAUCCUUAAUACAUCGUACCCUCUACUAUGACCUGUUAAAUAACCCAGAGGUUCAUGCCACUUAUAAAGAGCUGCUAGCAAGCCUUUCUUCACAAGACAAAGGAUUGAAAAGUGCAUCCCGCGUCAUAAUGGAGAGAAGACUGAGAUUGCGGAUGGAGUUUGUGACGGAGAUGGAGAAGUUCUACGGGAACAAGCCCAGGGUUUUGUCAGGAAGUACCCGCCUUGAUUUGUCUGAAGCCAACGACUUUGUACAGAAGAAAACUGAUGGCAAAGUAGUGAGGUUCUUUAAGGAAGUGCCAACAGGCGUCAGCGUCCUCCUGCUGGGAGCAGCAUACUUCAAAGGUCAGUGGGUACACAAAUUUAACCCACGUGAAACAGUCAUGCGUGAAUUCUACACAGAAGAGCAGAAGUCUGUCUCGGUUCCAAUGAUGUCAGCCAACAAUGUCCAAGUGAAAUAUGGCUUAGACUCUGACUUUAACUGCAAGAUUGUCCAGCUGCCGCUCACCGGAGGAGUCAGCAUUAUGUUUUUCCUGCCUCUGACUGUCACCCAGAACCUUACCUUAAUUGAAGAGGGUCUCACAUCUGAGUUUGUUCAUGACAUAGAUCGGGCAUUGCAGUCAGUCAUCAUAAAGCUAAGCAUACCAAAGCUGAAGGUGAACUACGAGGCUAACCUUGACAGCACUCUGAGGGACAUGAAACUCCAACCUCUCUUCUCCAGCCCAGACUUCAGUAAAAUCUCUUCUAAGUCCCUGAAGCUCACACAUGUUGUGCACAAAGCUGCCCUGGAGCUUACCGAGGAAGGAGUGGACAAUGCACCAAAAAUGGACCCCGCCUCUCGCCAUCACUUCCCACUGGAGUAUCACUUAGAUCACCCGUUCCUGUUUGUUCUUCGUGCGGAUGAUAAUGGUGCCCUUUUGAUGAUUGGAAAAGUAAUGAACCCUAAAGAAGUUUCUCUUUAACCCACUAUGCAUUUCAUUUUUUGGGGAUGUCACAGAACUGAAAUCAUUUGUCUUAAAAUGAAUUUUGGAUUCCGUUGACAGCCAAGGUGGUUACUCAGUUUUGUUUUUUUCAGAACCCUAGGAUAGCAAAAUCAGAUUUACAUAUCCCAGCUUUGUUCAUAAAAAUCUGAAUGGAUAUGGUAAACAUAGACAGGAUGUAAUAUAUGUUCAUUGUAAAUGCUUACCCAUAAUAAUCUACAAAUGGCAGAUGCAGCUACUAUAUGAUUACAUUUAGAGCAGUCUUUGUGCAUGUGUACUAAAUUGAUGUCAUAGUUUAUAAAUGUUUAAAAAGAGAAAGUGCAAAAUUACCAACACCUUACUAGACUAUGUUUUUGAGCUUGGCGGGGACAAAUUGGGAUAAUUAAUGAAACUUAGAUUCAUAUACCAGUGUGUAAUUAAGAAACAUUCCCAAAUAUGAUCAGGUGUUAAGAUAUAAUUGAUAAAACGUACUUAAGUCCACCCAUUGUAAAUUUUAGCUCUAAACAUUUUUAUUGAGUGCUUGAUAUUAAUCUAGCAAAAUGAAUAUUAGUAUGUGCAUCACCUAAAACCGUACCUGGUGCUCCAUUAUGCUGUUUUACUACAUCAAAGAGGUGAGGUCUUAACUGAGCUUUUUUCUUCUGCUAUACAAACGAACAGUCCAAUGCAAUAAAGUCUGUUUUACUUAUUGCUCAUGAA